AUGAGCGGCGGAGGGUGGCCCCCCGCGGCGGAAAAUCCUCCCGUGAUGCAUCAACAACAACAACAACAAAACUUUCAACACUAUCAACACGGACAAAUGAGUCCAGGUAAUCACGUGCCUACGAAUCAGCACUGGGGAAAUAACAGCGUGGGAGAAAAUACAUUCUUCCCAACCAGUCCAAACUCUCUCGCCAGAGCCGGCUUAGGAGCGUACGGAGAAAAGCUCGUAUCUUCCGGCUCAAAUUUUAUGCAAAGGUACUUCACGAGCGAAGGCAUUCGUGUGUACUUUGACGUUACGGAAACGUACUGCUUUCAUAAAAUACGGCUCGUAUUGUGCCCUUUCUUAGCUCGUGGAAGCUGGGCGCGAGUUUCGGAGAACGUUCACUCCGUUGGGACGCGAUACAAGCCACCUCGAUCAGAUGUACAUGCCCCGGACUUGUUCAUUCCUUUCUGUUCGUAUUGGACGUACGUUUUACUCUCCUGCUUCCGCCAAUCCUUCAUCUUUUCAAAUUUCACCCCGGAUUCCGUCGCGAAGCAUGCGUGGUGGGCGAGCCUAGCGUGGUUUUGCCACUGGUUAUUUCUUGUGAUUUCCCUUCGGAGUUGCGGAGCCGGGAACACAGCUUCUAGCUUAGACAUAUUGAGUUACACUGGUUAUACUUUUCUUCUCGCAUCGUGCGGAUUGUUUGCGAAAAGCAUAAAAGGAUGGUUUGGUUGGACAUCCAUAGCGUGGGGAUCGUUAGCGAGCUCUAUAUUUAUAGUCAAAACGAUGAAAAGAAUAACGUUUAGCGAAGCCAGGAAUCGGGCGAGUCAAAAUAACGGCGGUAGUGGAUACAAUUCAACCGGCGGUUACAGUCAGUCGAAAGGAACAAAUUACGUGUUUUUAGUUGCCGCCUGUGUGCAGUUUCCACUUCAGCUCUUUCUCAUAAGUCGAAUGUAG